CGCCCUACUGGUUAACUAUUGCCCACGUCCCCGACUCCCCGUCUCGUCUUGAUCUUCAUGUGUCUCUCAUCUCUGAAGCAGUCGGGGCUCCCUCGCACCCUUUCAACUACCUUUUCAGCCGACAGCAUGGGGAAGCUUCUGUCAGGGUUUCACACUCCCACACUUUCUACCCGACUACGAUACCUCGUCAUUGCCGUCUUCAGCUUGACCCUGGGCAUCUGGCUCCAUGGCACCUUGGCCUCCGUCUUCGCCAUACACUACCUGGCCUUCGAGGCCCCCGAGGCCCCCAUUCCGAAUCAGCAUGUGUCGCCCGCUACCUUGUACGAUGCCAUCAUCGUGGGAGGAGGCCCUUCGGGUCUUUCGGCGCUCAGUGGCCUCGCUCGUAUGCGUCGCAACGUCCUCAUGAUUGAUUCUGGGACCUAUCGCAACGAUCCCACGCGGAGAAUGCACGAUAUUCUCGGGUUUGACGGCGUCCCACCAGCGUAUUUCCGCCACAUCGCGCGGGCCCAAAUAGCCCACUACAACACAGCAACCAUGGUCAACGGCACCGUGACCGCCAUCUCCCCCGUCUCCGCUACCCUCGACCGAGACGAAGACGACAGCAGCAGCUUCCCCACGGACCCGACCUACCCGACCUACCCGACCCUCUUCUCCGUCGUCGCGCACCUUGACCUCCCCUCCCAAAAGCUCGAAAACCAAACCCUCUACGCCCGCAAAAUCAUCCUCGCCACCGGCCUCCGCGACAUCCUCCCCUCGACGCCCGGCGUGGCCGAAGCCUGGGGCAAAGGCAUCUUCUGGUGCCCCUGGUGCGACGGCCACGAGUACGCCCACCAGCCGCUCGGCAUCCUGGCCCCGCUGCCCAAGGUCCCGGGCCUGGUGCGCGAGAUCCACACCCUCAACGGCGACAUGGUCGCCUUCGUCAACGGGACCGACACGCCCGAGCAGCGCGCCCAGGCGGAGGCCGAGCAUCCCGGGUGGGCGGCGUACCUCGCUUCGCGCAACAUCAGCGUCGAGAACAGGCCGGUGGCCCGCCUCGUGCGGUUGGGAGGCGACGAGGAGGCGUUUAAGGAUGAGGAGUGGCGCCAGUUUGAUAUGCUGGGCCUGCCGUCUGUUGCGCAUCGGGAUCGCUUCCGGGUCGAGUUCUCUGGUGACGGUGACGGGUACGUUGAACGGGCGGCGUUUUUGGCGAAUUUUCCGACGGAACAGGCGUCACCUGUCGGACCGGACAUGGGCGUUGAGCUGGUUGGAGGGCGCAUGGAGGUGAAUAACAAGGAGGGCCUCUUGACGAAUGUCCCCGGCGUCUAUGCUGUCGGAGACGCCAACUCGGACAACGUGACCAAUAUCCCGCAUGCGUUGUUCAGCGGGAAGAGGGCGGCUGUGUUUCUGCACAUGGCACUCGAGGAGGAGAACGAGGAGAACGAGAAGCGUCCGAAUGUGAUGCGAAGCGUCGAGAAGAUGGGACUUGAGUCGACACAGGGACUCGUCAAGAGACACGAGAAGCUUGAUGUGAGGGAUGUGUGGCACCUCAUGAAUGGGGAACCAGAGAGUCCAUUAUAUGCUAGGUAGUCUGGACAAGUCACAAGGUGAUCCCGUUUCUUAUGGCUCUGGCUUCCUUGGUCCUCUCUCGUCGUCGUGAUUCAAGACAAGAAAAGCGACAUGCACAGAUGGAUGUGGAACCUGGAAAUGCAGAAAAAGAAAAAGAAAAGUGAAAAAGAAACAAGUUAU